CCGAUAUGAUCGUAUUAUUAUUCGAUUUUUGAUAUUCACUACAACAUAUUGUAUGGUCUAUUCAAAAUGUUGUCUAAGCUGAUUUUAUUAUUGUUUGCGACGUCGGUCGUGCUCAUUUCAUGUGAUCCGAUCGCGGUGCCAGAAGCAUUCGCUGAUGCAGAUGCUUUGGCUGAUGCAGACGCUUUGGCUGAAGCUGAACCUGCUCCGGGUCCUCUUGCUCUCGCUUGGGCAAGAAGAUCGGGAGGUGGAUUAUCCGGAGGUAAAGGUGGGGGAGGCGGCGGAGGUGGUGGUGAGUUUUUUAUCUUUCACGUCUUUGAAUGACACGUGCAUGUGUCAUACUCUCAAAUGGAUAUUCACGCGCUUCGAUUAUAUUCGAAGG